UUAGCCCUAUCGUUCUGCGAUUGCAGCUGGAAAAUAUUUAUAAUAAUCGUGAAUUCGUAAUUUUUAUACACUUUAGUAGCAUAAAAACACAGCAACAAGAUGGGCAAAGGUUUCAACAAUUACAUGUGCAAGAAAUUCUUCCACCCCGCAUCCAGGGACAAUCUCAAAAGGGUGUGGAUGGCGGAGCAGCAGGCGGAGGCGUACAAAAAGAAACAGGAGGAGCUGCGCAAUCAGUAUGAAAAGGAGCAGAAUCUACACGAGAACAAGGCUAUGCUGAGCAAGGACAGUAAAGACAAGCUGAGUGUGAACUUCAUGUACGAGCCACCGCCAGGAGUGCGAAAGGAACGGGAAAAGGAUGACAACGAGCCGGAGUACAAAUUUGAGUGGCAGCGAAAGUACAAUGCUCCCAGAGAGUCGUACUGUAAAGGUGACACCGAGAUCCGGGACCAACCUUUUGGCAUCCAGGUGCGCAAUGUGCGCUGCCUAAAGUGCCACAAGUGGGGCCACAUCAACACGGACAAGGAGUGCACUAUGUACAGCAUUUCGAUGAGCGAGGCACGCAAACUGCAUGCGGAAACAGAGGCCAGCGACAUCAUGGCGAAGAACGUCCUGGAGGAGCAGAUGAAGGAAGAUGGUCUCAUGAUGAAACGUUCGGCCCUGGAGCUACAAAGCAUAAAGACCAUUCGACAGCAGCAUCAGCUGGUGCCUAGCGAUGGCGAGGAAGAGGCCAAUGCCCAUCCACAAAAUCCGGAGCUCGUCUUUCUUAAAUCAUUGUCCAAGAAGCAAAAGCUAAAGCUACUCAAGAAGCUGGAAAAGAUCGAACGCAUGAAGCGCAAGGGUGAGGGCAUCAAAAAACCUUCUAAGAAAAAAUCUAAAAAGAAAAAUGACGAUAAGGAUAGCAAGAAAAAGAAACCGAAAAAGGAAAAAUCAGGCAAGAAAAAAAGAAAAUCUUCAGUUAGUGAUAGUUCAGACUCCUCUUCUUCGUCGGAUAGCAGCGAUUCGGAAGAUGACCAUAAAAGCAAUCAUAAAGACGACAAAAGAAAUGGCCUUCAAAGAUCUAAAGACUCAGAACAUAGCCGUCGAAGGGAUGAAAAUAGACAUCGACGAAAUAGAACUCGCUCCAGAGACCGAUCCCGCUCGCGAUCCGUCAGCAAAGACAGGAGAAGGGAUCGCAGGGAUCAUUCACGGCGAUAGUAUUAUCUUUGUAAAACCCACCAAUAAAUUUUGUAGAUUUUAUAUCAGAUUAUAUGUUUAUAACAUAAA